CUUUUAUUAAUCAUGAUGAUGGCGUUUCAGCCCUGGAGGUGAUAGAGAGUGGAUCCAGCACGUUGCCGCGCUGAUCAGUAAUGACAGAAGAAGGCGAGGAUUGCAGCCUUGUGAGCGGUCUACGGCAGGAAAGGUGCCUGUUAGAAGAGAGCUUUACAGUUCAGGGGUCUCAGCUACUGUGGUGGAAUUCCACAAUCUUUCAGAGUUGUCACACAAUUACAAGUUUUCUGAUGGAGCUUUUGGAGACCAUUGCUGCUGAGACUCGUAGAACCGAUUUGAACAACGAGUUACCUUUGACCGAUGGGAAAAUUAAAAACGAAUGAUGUUUAUCUGGAUAUUUGGUGUUUAUAAGAAUGGGUU